GUCGAAUCAACUAGUCGAAUUCAUUUCAGUAUUUGUGAAAACUAGGGCGAAUCAAAAGUGAUAUAUUUUUAUAGCGUGAAUCUGGCUAUCUAAAGAUUAUUGUGAGUUCAGUGGUCUUGGAGUUGGAGAUGCUGUAUCAAAGUAGUCCUUGUCGGAUCGUUGUAGUGUCGUUAUUCGCCAAAACCUCACAAUUUAUAUAAAAACACGCACUAAUUACUAAUAAUUUGGGAACAAAAUCCACGGACAUCAAACGUUAAACUAGUGAAGACUGAUAACCUUUGGAUUUUGAUUCAUAACUACUCAAAAAAUACAUCAUUUUUCAAAAAAGUGCGGCCGCGAAAAGUGACAAGUGUGAAUUGUUAUUUUUUCAGCCAAACUGUAUGAAAUUAGUUGCUUUUGAGUAGUCAAAUCGUAAAUUAAGGUGUCUUCAGAGAGUUCCUGGAUUAUUUUUCAAGGAUUCUGUGAAAAACUAUGUAAAAUGUGAUACUCCUUUCGUCUUUAACAGAAUGAAGUAGGCGAUAUUAUAGAAAGUCCGCCGACUGAGGCCGGACAUCCCUUACACCAACCUUACACCAACCUCCGUCAUGGGUCUGAUGUGGCGCGUUUUCCUUCUUCUAGCAGCAGCCCUUACGUAUUUCCAAACCAAAGCUGAACAAGUGGUUGUUCUGGAUACUACGGGGGAAGCCAGUCUGGACUGGACGCGGUAUCCCUAUGGACCUCAGGCCAACACUCCAGGGUGGGUAGAGGAGUCUUUCACCAAUUUCCAGAAGGGUAUCAACUGGAGGUCGUACGUAGUCUGUGAUGUGGCCUACAAUAACGUCAAUAAUUGGCUGUGGACACCUUUCAUCGAUAGGAAUGUCUCCAAUAGAAUCUACAUCGAAAUAAAGUUCACCAUAAGAGACUGCAGUCUUUUUCCAGGAAAUGCGUUGUCUUGCAAAGAAACAUUCAGCUUACUUUACUACGAAUUCGAUGCCGUAACAAGAGAACCGCCGCCAUGGGAUGCAGAGAGAUACAAGUUGAUAAGUCGGAUAGCAGCAGGGGAGGGAAGAUUCAAUUCUAAUAGCGAGGUGAACAUCAACACUGAAGUCAAAAGUAUACCUGUUAACAAGAAAGGGGUCUAUUUCGCAUUCAGAGACCAAGGAGCCUGUAUAUCCUUAUUAGCUAUAAAAAUUUACUAUAUAGUUUGUCCAGAAGUCACAGUAAACUUUGCCAAGUUCCCCUCCACUCCGACAGGCAAGGAAAUCACCAUUAUUGAGCAGGCAAAUGGGUCUUGCGUAAGCAACGCUGAAGUUGUUGGAGGAAUACCAUCUUAUUUGUGCAAAGGUGAUGGAAAGUGGUCACUACCCAGUGGUGGUUGCAAAUGCAAGGCUGGUUUUCAACCCGAUAUGGAGAAACAAACAUGCAAUGUGUGUCAACAAGAAACUUAUAAGGCUGAAACCGGAGAUGGUCCAUGUCUUCCUUGUCCAGAUUUCUCUCAAGGUCCUGAUUACGGAUUGAAGGAAUGUCAGUGUAUAUCAGGAUACUUUCGGGCUGUAACUGAUCCUAAAAAUAUGUCAUGCACUCAACCUCCCUCGGCACCUCAGAAUUUGACUGUGAGUUUCGUGGACCAAUCAACUGUUAUUUUAAGUUGGCUUCCACCAGAAAAAUUGGGUGGAAGAACUGAUACAGCCUAUAAAAUUAAAUGUGAUGCAUGCAGCUUAGGUCUUGUGCAGUAUAAUCCAAAUACGGAAACUUUCAACGAAACCAGAAUUACUAUAAGCGGUUUGAAUGCCGUAACGACCUACCGCUUUCAAAUUUUUGCUGAAAAUGGAGUAUCACAUCUAGCACUACGCGCCUCUUCUGAAUACGCUGACAUUGUUGUGACUACGGAGGCGUCAGUGGCCAGUAGUAUCACCAACAUCAGAGUAAUGUCAGUUAAAAGCACUGAUAUCACUUUGAUGUGGGACGCCCCAUCUAACAAUGAUGGAUCAGACAUGGAAAACGAUAUGGUAGAUGCUUACGAGGUGCGCUGGUUCCAAAGAAACGAUAUAGAUUACAGCAAUAAUAGUUUGAUUACUUCUGACUUGUCUGCUACAAUUACGGGUCUUCAACAAAGGACUGAAUAUGGGUUGCAGGUUCGCGCCAAAACUCAAAGAGGAUGGGGGGCUUACUCUCCGGUUAUAUUCAAAACCACCGGACAAGUUUUAAAUACAGCUUAUAUUGGAGAUGAAGAAGGCCUAAGACUCCAGUUAGUGGCUGGAGGCAUUGUUGCUGUAGUUGUCAUACUUGUUGCUGUUAUAGUUUUAACUGUGGUUUUCCUUCGAUCUAGAUCCAACGAUGAGUGCAACAAAAAACAACCAAGUGAUUGUGACACUUUGGAAUAUAGGAAUGGAGAAGUUCAUCAUAGCUUGGAUAAUCCUCCCAUAGUUACCACCCAUACAAAUGUGACAACGCCCCUUUUUACGGGUAUAAGUGGUUCUUCAAGGACUUACAUUGACCCUCACACUUAUGAAGACCCCAAUCAGGCAGUUAGAGAGUUUGCUAGAGAAAUAGAUGCUAGCUGUAUUACAAUUGAGGCCAUAAUAGGUGGUGGUGAAUUUGGAGACGUUUGUCGAGGAAAACUGAAAAUGAACGGUGUAGACAUAGAUGUGGCCAUAAAAACUCUGAAAGCUGGUUCUUUGGACAAGUCCCGCAAUGACUUUCUCACAGAAGCUUCCAUAAUGGGUCAGUUUGAACACCCUAAUGUGAUUUUUCUUCAAGGAGUUGUUACCAAAUCAAAUCCAGUUAUGAUAAUCACAGAGUAUAUGGAAAAUGGGUCACUUGAUACUUUCCUUAGAGCAAAUGAUGGCAAAUUUCAAGUUAUUCAGUUAACGGGUAUGUUGAGAGGUAUUGCAUCAGGUAUGCAGUACUUGAGUGAAAUGAAUUAUGUGCAUCGAGACUUGGCAGCAAGAAAUGUUUUGGUUAAUUCUCAACUAGUCUGUAAGAUAGCCGAUUUUGGUCUUAGUCGAGAAAUAGAAAGUGCAACAGAGGGUGCUUAUACUACAAGGGGAGGCAAAAUUCCCGUUCGAUGGACGGCACCAGAAGCUAUUGCUUUCCGAAAAUUCACAUCUGCAAGUGACGUGUGGUCCAUGGGUAUAGUGUGUUGGGAGGUCAUGUCCUACGGAGAACGUCCGUAUUGGAAUUGGUCCAAUCAAGACGUUAUCAAGAGCAUUGAAAAGGGCUACAGAUUGCCUGCUCCAAUGGAUUGCCCAGAAGCGAUAUACCAACUGAUGUUGGAUUGUUGGCAGAAAGAGAGGACUCAUAGGCCUACCUUCCAGUCUAUUGUAAAAACUUUAGAUAAAUUAAUUCGCGUCCCUGAUACUUUGAGAAAAAUUGCUCAGAAUCGAAGUCACCUGCCAUAUAAUCUUCCCUGGCCCACACAAAACUUACCCUCUCACAUUACCACAGAUAUGCAAUUGUCAGAACUGCCACGUCUUCACCACAAUCCUUAUUUUGGGUCACUACAGAGACGUUCCAAUUACACUCCAAAUAUAGUUGAGGUGGAAACCCAUCCUUAUUAUGGCUUACCGGAUAUAAUACUCUUGCAAAACUAUGGAGUUGUAUCGGACGUGAAUCCUGAACACGAAGUUAGAAGAAGGUUAGAGAGUGACUAUCGAAACUCUUUAUUAGAGCACGAGAUGAAAAAGAGGUUUAACAGCUUAUUGAAUCUGAAAGACGACAAAAUUUAUAAUGAUGUUGGUGAUCUUCAUUCUCGAGAAAUGAGCACAAAUCAGUGGAUGAUAAACAAUUUUGACAGUAGACCAAGAAACUCGUCCAACAGUUCGGUUCCACAUUACUACCCUAAUCUAGACAGCAGAUUUAUGGAUGUCAAAAACGCACCAAAAGGAAGUUCAAAUCAAAGUCAGGGAAUGACAAAUUUUUUCUUCGAUGAAAGAGAUGAGUACGAUCAACAAACAGAAAAUUUCUUUGGCAGAAAACCUGACUUUGAAGAGAGUAAAGAUUUCAGCAAAAGGCCUGACCAGUUUUUUUCAAAAAUGAUGAUUGGUGAAAAUGAACCUUCUCUUCUGGAGUUGAGCGAACAAUUCUCUGAUAAUUUUAAGGAAGAUUCUAAUAUUCUCGACAGUUCUGAUAAUUUGUUCGACACUAAUGUUGAGAGGGGGGACACGAAGAAAGUUGUAGAGGAUAAAAAUGCACAAACUGGGGAAGCUUGGGUCAAUUUCAUUAAUGUGUAAAUAUGCUUUCUGUGGUUUUUAUUUGCAAGAUCAAAUAAUCCUUUAUCAGCUGAUGCUCCUGAUCUCACUAACUUUUCUUGCGUCGAAGAGUGGCUGAACUCAAUAAAAAUGACCCGCUACUUGGAGAAUUUCCACUCAGGGGGCGUAACUUCUAUGGAUGCUGUUGUGAAUCUCACGGUGAAAGAAUUGACGGAACUAGGCAUUACUCUCGUGGGGCAUCAAAAGAAGAUAAUGAACAGUGUCCAGAACAUAAGGGCUCAAAUUCGCGUGAAUGGCUCUGAGGGAUUUCUUGUGUGAGCACAGGAAGAGUUUUGUAUAAAAUGGGACUUUUUAGCAAAUGAAUUGUGUCAAAGUAUAGUAUAAGGGACACUUUUUUAUGACAAGAACUCUAAAACAAGUUAUAGAAUGAAGUGAGUUAUCUUAGUAUAUUUAAAAUCGUGGCAGCUUGGCUUUAUUUAUUCUACUCGAAACAAAUCAAAAUAUUAGUAAUGUCUGCUGAUGGACUUAUGCGCGUUUUGCCUUUCUUAUGUUACGAGAUUUUCAAUUGUGAUUUUUUUUAUAUAAAUGACCUUUGGUAAGUAAAGACCCAAGUAGCGCUGGUCAGGUCAGAAAUUGUUAUUAUGUUGAUCUGCCCUGUAAAUAAUUAGGUUUUAUGUUUUACUAACUUUCUUCCUGUAUAUUUUUAUGUUAUAGUAAUUAUUAUGGAAAUUAUUUAUUUUUGCCAUAUUUAUACUCACACACUUGAGUUAGAAAUAAUGAUUUUUACUUGAGUGUGAAUGUUUUUCGUUCUCUCUGAACAAAUUGAAGGACAAAACACCAAAACCAUUUGUUUGUAGCCAAGUAUAAUCAAAAUAAUGUUAUUUUUUCACAUAUCAAGUUAACUAUUACAUAAAUUUAUUCCACUUAAUUUGAAAAUAAAUUUGGGAAAGAUGAAAAGUACAAUGAUUUGUGAAACUUUUGUUGAUUAAAAAUGAAAUUUAGAUAGAAUCAGUGUUAAGAUUUGUCCGUAGAUUUAAAUCUAUAUAAGACUGUUCGUCUAAAUAAUUCUAAAUAUACAUUAUCUAAAAAGAUAGCAAUAAUUCAGUGUUUUUACAUGCUAUUUUCGUUUAAUUGGAAUGUUGAAUUCGUUUCAAAUUCAAUACUAAUACAAUCAUAUUUGGUGUGAUACUUCUUUGGUUUUGAAAAAUUGUCAAAAAUUUAGGUGAUCUGGACAUAUAUUCUCAAAAAAGGCGUCCGGUGUGUUUUUAAUGUUCCACUGAACUAAAAAUACAGGUGUACAAUUGAUAUAUAUGAAACUGUAAUUGUACUUACUUUUUAUACUGCUCAAAACAUAAUAUAAUACAUACGCCUAAUUAAUGUAUUUACUUGAAAGAUUCUUUUUAUAUAUAUUUAUAGGUGAAAAUAAUUGACUGAAAUAUGUAUCAGAGCAUUU